AUGGUUCUGGGAACGGGGGAGCAAACAGCAAAGGUAGUCCGGGAACAGGCCUUUGUGCGUCUUUUCUGCGCGCUGCGCCCCCGUUCUUCCGACACCUCUGACUCCUUUGAAGAAACCCUUUCGCUCGGGGAGGUUGUGGCCAGGAAAAUCCGCUGGCAGCUGGGGGACCACGUCCAGGUGACGUCGGCUGAUCCGUACGUAGUGAGCGGAGAGCUCCUCCUUGGGUUCGCGUGUCUGCGCGGGCGUGGGGAGGACAACGUGGGCGUGUACGUGCACGGGGAGGGCGACGUGCGUGGGGACGACGACGUGCGUGGGGACGACAACGUGAGGGCGCACGGGCCUGGGGAGGAUGGUGUGGGCGUGCACGAGCAUGGGGAAGGCCACCGGGGAGUGUUACUCGCUGGGGCGGCAGGUGGACGGUUCUCGAUCAGCGACCUGUCCUGGGGAGGUGACUGUCGCCCCGUGACCAGCGGGUGCCGCGUGCUCCCUGGAGAUGCGCGAAUCAGACCUGUGACCCCGCUGCUUACACCCCACCGGGUGGAUGCGGCGCUGUGGCAGAGCGCGUCAGGCACGCCGCGUGACCGCCACGCCUGGGCCUCAGCACGCUUGCUGUCCCUGCUCCUGUUCUCCAGGAACGUUGCUCAGGGAGAUGGCAUUAAAGAUGCCACGGCCACCCCAGUGACCGAGCGCGGGGGCCCGAGUCGGCCCCGGCAGGACCCGCAGAAGCACCCGCUCAAGCAGGACCCGGAGGAACGGUCCCAGAGCCGCCUGAUCUGCAGUCACCGGUUUCUCCAGCAUUCAGGCCACCUUCAAGCAGGCCCCGAGGCCCAGCACGCAGGACACGCUGCGCAAACAGCCCCAGCCUGCACUGCGCAGGCCCCGAGGCCCAGCACGCAGGACGCGCUGCGCAAGCAGCCCCAGCAUGCACUGCGCAGGCCUCGAGGCCCAGCAGGCAGGGUGCGCUGCGAGAGCCGCCCCCCGCCCUCCGGCCCCAGCCCCCAGCAUGCACUGCGAGGGCCUCAGCAUCCCAGCAGCCUCGAGGCCCCAGGCUGGCCGGCGGUUACGAGCUGGAAGGGUAGCGGCGCCGACCCUCCCCUCGGGGCUGUCCUCGCCCGGCUCUCUCUCCGGCGUGUGCCGGCCGGACCUUCACCUCUUGGCCCGAAAAGCGGCCGAAGCGGCCGUGCGGCCACGUCGCUGUGGCCUGUUAUUUCAGAGUCCUGUUUAGAAAAAAAAAAUAUCAAAAAUAUACCCAUUGACGUGAUGACAGAUGAAGACAUGAACCGGGAGAAAAGCAACACAAAAGCAAGGCUUCAGAAAUACGAGGAACAGGAGUAUGGAGAAGACACAUCAUCAGAGACUCAACCAGCUAAAGCAGCAGCAAAGGAAACCUUAGAAUAUAAAACACUUGAAACAUUUUCUGGAGCCUUGAAGUCAGGACAGACAGAAGAGUACCUUCAAGAAAGUAGAACUCUGCAGGAGCUUUCAAAGCCAGUUCCUCAUAAGAAGAAAGAGGUAUCAAAGGAAAAAAAGGGCCCAACUAACGCUUGUCCAAAAGUUAAGAAGAAAAGGCUUGCGUCGUAUGAUAGGACAGAACCGGAGGAUGAUGAUGUGACAAGACAUAUUAUAAGGCUACGAGAAAAGUUUGGCUGGCAAACAAUGUUACCGCAGCGCUGUUUGGAGUACAAAAGUUCCAAACUUGCAGUUCAGAAGAUUAUUCUAAAGGAACCUUUAAAAGAUGAUGGAGAAUUUGUAUAUUGCCUUUCUCGGAAAAAUCGUAAAGGUGUCUGUAAUCCGUAUGACCUCCAGGUGGUCUCUGCUCACAGAGCUAGACAUGGCAAAGAAUUCUGGAUUAUUACAGCAUCAUCUGUCUCCAAGGUUACUGACGUAGGUGGCGUAGAAGAAGUAGAAUCUGUACCGACUGUGGAAUGGCUUUUAGAAAGAACGUGUUACCAUUUAUUGCAGCAGUUCAGGAUCUUUUCCAAGUUUCGAAUUAAUAAAGCAUUUGUUACUUGGAAAUUGAAUGUUAGAAGAAUUAAGACAGAGAAGAGCAGGUCAUUUUUGUGCCGCCGUCUUUUUGGGGCUGAUGAGUUAUUUCAAGGCUGUCUGCUCUACGUAAAGGGACUUUGUGAAGAUGCAGUUGAUUGCAGACAUGGAAAAGAAUACGAAGAAACUCCAUCUGCCAUUUGCCUCAUCAAGCUGGAUAGGUCCCGAACGUAUUCUCUGGAUGGAUUUUGUGAAGAACAGGCACGGCAGGCUACCCAGGCAGUGAAACAGCUUGAGGAUAUCAGAGAGAAGGCUGUUUGCGAAAUGAAACGUACAUUUUUAAAGGUGGCAGAAAAGAAAGAAAUUAAAGAAUAUUUUGAGUCAAACCUCUCUGAAGACUACACAACACAUUUCAAGCUGCCUGAAUAUCGACGUUUAUUAGAAACAAUUUUGAGGUUUCUGAUGCUGGUUGACUACAUAUUUCAGGAACUCAUCCGUCAACUGAUGAACACUGCCGUCACACUGCUUUUGGAAUUAUUUAAUAAUUCUGCUAGAGUGCCAUUUUCAAGGGAAAGAAAGAAUGAAAAUCUCAUCAAGUAA